AUGCGCAAAGCAGCCGCCCGCGUCAAGCGCUUCGACGAGGUGGACUCGGAUAGCGACUUUGAGUUUCACGAAGAACUGCCGCCUAAAAAGGUGGCGCCGAAGCUGAACGCUAAAACGGCCACCACAACCGACAACUCUGACAGCAUCGCCUUCGAGACGGACCACGACUGCUCGCAACAAUCGGAGAAAAUUGUUGUGCCGGCCACUCUCCGUCAAAGAGAGUCACCGCCACAGGCUGCGCAUCCCGCACAUUCACUGGCGGCAGCACUCAAGCAGGCGCUUCCCGUGACCACUGUGAAGAGCGCUUCCUCACCGUCGCCGACUCCGCCAUCGGUCACCACUGUCAAACCAGAGGCAACAGAACAGCUGCCGCCGCAGCAGCAGUCAUCCACACCGCCCGCAUCCUUGUCGAAGCGCAAGAGGUCGGCCGCGGCGUGUGCGGCAGCACCAGGAGUGCCCGCUUCCUCGACCCCAAUUGCGCAUUCCUCCUGCCCUUCUCUGCAGACGCAGCCUUCCCCGUCAGCGAUUCCACCUUACGCGACACCGCACGCAGUGCGCGUGGGCGCGGCACUGAGCCACGGUGACGACGAAGAAGAUCGAGCGAGCGAUGAGUUUGUGCAACACGUACUGCCGCUUCCCCCGCGCCAGGCGGCAGCAGGCCAGCGACAGCGGGCCUCUGGCACAUCGCAAGUGUGGGCAAACAGUAGUAGCGACGUUGCCGACGCCUCGGGGCUACGGGUGUCUGCAGUGGACAACGCGACUGACGAGCUCCUCGUCCGCGCGCAGCUGCGACUGGAGGAGCGGCGCCGCAUGAGCAUGACCAGUCAGCGAGGAAGCUGUCGGCUCAGCCCGUGGCGUGGCGCCGCGCCACCCGCUCUGAAAACACAGUUUGGCGAGAGCGAGCCGCGGCAGUCGGUGAACCACAUCUUAUCCACCACGUCCGUUGACCCUCGUGUGCGACGACUGCAGCAGGAAAACACGCGCCUGCAAGACGAAGUGACCUUCCUCAGCCGGGAGAAUCAAAAGAUGCGAAGCGUGCAAAGCAGUGCCGAUGCAUCGGAGGCGGUGCGGCUGCAGCUCACCGUCGACAUGCUGCGCAAGGAGCUAGAGAGCAAGCAGCUUGGGUUCCAGCGCACACUGGACGCGACCUUCGCGGAGAUGAAAGAGGCACAGCGGCAGAUAGGGGAGGCAGUGGAGCAGUGCGAGAGCUGCCAGUCCGCGGCGGACCAAUACAAGCAGCUCUACAGCAACAAGCAGAGGGAGAUGGAAAAGGUGAAGACGCAGUUGCAGUCACUUCUCUACGACGUCAAUGCGAUGGAGCAACACCAACGCUCCAUGGAGUCCGAGUACGCAGAUAGGGUGGCCAGUGAAAGGGAGAAGGUGGAGCGGGCGGUGGCAUUGACAGAAGAGGUGAAACGUCAGCGCGACCACCUGCAGUUUCUCAACACGCAGCUGCGAAAUGAGGUGACGGUGGCGGUGGAGGCAAGACGCCAGGCAGUUGAGCAGGCAGCCAAUGCGGGCGAUACCGCUCGCCGCGACCGCGCCGACUACGAGAAGCGCAUCGCAGAGCUCAAUGAGGACAUUGCGCAGUUCAAGAAGGCACUGACGGAUAAGGACCUCGCUCAAGGAGUGCAGCUGCGCGAGGCCCAGCAAGUUCAGGCGGUUCUGCAGGACCGGAUGAAGGAACAGGUGGAGGAGCAACAGCACGAGGUGGAGCGCUGCCGCCGCGCGUUGGAGGGGGUCAAGGAGGAUCACAAGCGUGCGCUGCAGCAGGAGAAGAUGCGACGAGUCGAGAUUGAGGAACAGCUACGGCGGAUAGAGGAAGAAGGGCGCUCCAUGCAGUCGCGCUACACGGCCUCACUUAGCGCAGAGACGAAGAGCCGCAUACACAAGCUGCGAGACGAGAUACAGGCGGAGCGCCUUGCCAGGGAGGCGGCGGACCGCGAGGUGGCACGGCUCGCCACGGAGGUGGAGCAGUUGCGCGAUUCGGUCUGCUACUACCAGCAGGAGUGCCAACGCCUCUCGACCAACUUGGCGCAAUCGGAGCGGCUGCGUGAAAAGGCGGAGCGUCAGUGCGUAUCGUUGACGCACACGCUAGAGGACAUGAUGGCGCAAGAGGAGGCGCACGCGCGGGAGAUCGGGCAGCUGCAGGAGGCCGUCACUGCAGCGACGCAGCGGGGCGCGGGUGUCACUGUUGGCUGCAGCACUGAUUCGGGCGGCAUUGUCAGCGACUUGCAGCAGCUGUCCGACGAGAACGACCGCCUCACCAGUGAGUGUACGCGACUCGCGGACGAGCGGAAUACGCUGAUCGAAGAAAAUGGCCGCAUCGCGGAGGAGCUGCUCAAGUGGAAGCACGAGAUGCGACAGUACGUGACAUCUCACGUGCGCCCCACCUCGUCGCCGCGUGGUCCAUUGAGCUCGGUCCCGAUGUAA